UUUAUUUAUUUUGAAAUUAUAAUAUCGAAACCUGUAUCUAUCAACGCAAUUUAAAAUUAAAUAUAUAAUUAAAUAAUAUUUGUAUAAAAAUGCCUAGAUAGUAAUACACAAGUAUAUACUCAACAAAUUAUUGCGUGCCCAAAAAUGUGGGAUAUGUGAAAAGAUCAUAAUUCGAGGAAAUGACUUAUAGUAAUGUGUUUCUGUAUCUACAAGUGUUGAAUUAUUGCAAACAAAUUUUAGUUGGUUUUUAAUUUUGAUUACAAAAUAGUGAAUUUGUUUGUGAAUGUGAUGAAUGUGCUAUCAGUAUGUAAUAGGGUGUGGACCACUAACUAUGGGCCUGGGGCAGGGGCGGUGCUACAUGCUGGUGCUGGCGGCGCUGCUGGCGGGCGCGGGCAGCGCAGGCGACGACUCGCUGAGGCCGCGCUGCCCGCCCGCCGCCGGUGACGACUGCAUAUACACCUCCUCAUCUUCAUUUAUAGAACAUUUUUACUCCAUACAUGGUAAAAAAAUUAUUAUAAAUUUUAAAGACGGGGAUUAUUUCCAUCUGGAUUGUAAGAACACAGAACUAGACAAAUUUCUAUUUCCACGUUUUCCACGAGAAGUAGUGGUAGAAAUGGUACAACUGGACAACUGUCUACUGUCUAAUGGUAGUUAUGCAGAACUAUUUGUUGCACUCAAUAUAUCCAGGCCACACGAGCUUGUGCUAAGGUAUGUGACGUCACAGCUGUCAUUGAAAGUGGCACGUUUUGACAACAUCACUUUAGAUAGACUGGAUAUUAUGGCUCGAAGGAAUGCAGCGUUGAAACUUGAUACGGGUCUUCUCACCUUCUUAGAUGGAGGACCUGGUAAACUACGCCUCCAAAACGUGAAGCUAGACCGGCUUCCACUAGGAAUUAAAGACAUACGCGUGAAGAACGGUGGCCUUACAAGCCUCCCAAUAGAAGCACUCGAUAGUGUGGAAAGGUUGUAUUUAGAAGAACCAUUCCUGAAAGACGUGAGUAACUUGUCCGAGGCACCUCGGCUACGCGAGCUCACCCUGACUGCUCCGGUAGAAGAACUACCGAGCCUUCCGCAGCUGAACAAACUAGUUGUGCAGCUGUGGCACGAGCGCCGGCCGGGUCGCCGCAGCGGCUGCGCCGCGCUGCAGGCGCUGGCCGUGAGCCAGGCGGCCGUGCGGCGCCUGCCCGACUACUGGCUCGCCAACUGUGCAAGACUACAGAAUCUCACACUGCAAGAACUUACAUCGUUAGAAGGACUCCCACCCGAACUACUACACAACGCCACUAAUCUGACUAAUUUGGUCAUACAAAGUUGCAAUCUUCGAGAAUUGCCUGAAGACUUCUUCUCCUUCAGCUUGAAUCUCCGUGUGGUCAAUUUAAAUAACAACAAACUGCAACACUUGCCAAGCAAAAUUUCAUCACUACAACAUUUGGAAGAGCUGCACCUGUCAAAUAAUUUGCUGAAGCACGAGUUGGCGUCGGUGCUGAGUCCGCUGAGCUCGCUGCGCACGCUCGCGCUGUCGCGGAACCCGCUCGGCGACCUGUGCGGCGCCGCCACGCGCGCCGACGGCGCCGUCGUCGUCAGGGACCGUUCUCAAUUGGCGCUAAUGGAAAAAUUGGAGGUACUGGAACUAAAAAAAGUGAACGCAACCCGACUCUGCAACGACUGGGUGGAGGGCAUGCCCCGCCUGCGUCGCCUAGACCUCUCCCACAACAACAUCACCCAACUAAAGUACAACGAUCUCCAGGUCCGCCGGCGAGAUCCGGCCGCGUCGAUCGUGAUUCUCGAGCACAACCCAAUCGAGACGAUCGAGUACGACCGUCGCGACUACGACUGCGUCCUGGCCGGGCCCACUCGGAGGGUGGCACGCGUGCUGAUCGACUCGCGGCUGCGCUGCGACUGCGAACUAUUCUACUUCGCGCUGGCGCUGCGCGCGCGCCCCGAGCACGUGGCCGUGGGCGAGCUGCGCUGCGAGGACGGCGCGCCGCUGGCCGCGCGCGAGCCCCGCGAGCUGGCGUGCGAGCUGCCGGCGGCCGCGUGCUGGCCCGGCUGCGCCUGCCGCGUGCGGCCCGCGCCGGCCGCGGCGGCCGGCCUCGCGCUGCAGGCGCGCUGCACCGCCGCCGCGCUGCCGCUGCGGCCGGCGCGCGCGCUCGACGAGCUGAGCGUGCGCGGCGCGGGGCUGGCGCGGCUGCCGGCGGCGCGCGACCUGCCGCGCGGGCUGCGGCUGCUGGACGCGCGCGACAACCGGUUGACGGGCGCCGACCGCGACGCGGCCGCGGCGCUGCUGGCAGCCGUGCGCGUGCUGCGCCUGGCCGGCAACCCUCUGCGCUGCUCGUGCGGCGAGCGCGACUUGGUGGACGUGCUGCUCGAGAACUCCGACCGGGUGGAGGGGCUGAGCAACACCACGUGCGACGACGGGCGGCCCGUGCGGCCCGCGGCGUGCGGCGCCCGCGGCCCGGCCGGCCUCGCGCUCGCGCUGGGCGGCGCCGUGCUCGCGGCCGCCGCGCUCGCCGCGCUGCUCGCGCUCGCCGGCUGCCGCGAGCGGCUCGCGCGGUGGCUCGCGGAGCGCGGCGUGCGGCCCUGCUGGCCGGCCGCCGGCGACGAGGAGGAGGACGACGAGGACCGGCCGUACGACGCGUUCGUGUCGUACGCGCACGCGGACGAGCGGUUCGUGGUGGAGGAGCUGGUGGCGCGGCUGGAGGCGGGCCCGCGGCCGUACCGGCUGUGCCUGCACUACCGCGACUGGGCGGUGGGCGGCUGGAUCCCGGCGCAGAUCGCGGCGUCGGUGCGGCGGUCGCGGCGCACGCUGGUGGUGGUGUCGCGCCACUUCGUGCGCUCGGCGUGGGCGCGCGCCGAGUUCCGCGAGGCGCACGCGGCGGCGCUGCGCUCGGCGCGGCCGCGGCUGCUGGCCGUGCUGCUGGCGCCGCCGCGCGCGCUGCACGCGCUGCCCGCGCCCGAGCUGCGCCGCUACCUGGCCGCCGCCACCUACCUGCGCUGGGGCGAGCCGCGCUUCUGGGACCGCCUGCGCGCCGCGCUGCCGCCGCCGCGCGCGCCGCCACCACCACCAGCACCGCCGGCACCGCCAGCACCACCCGCCGCCCCGCCGGCCGCCUGAACCGUCGCAGUCAACGGCGGCCAGAACUAUACGAUAUGUCCUCGCGAGAACCUCGCUCGAUAUACUACCUGAACCACUUCCUUUGACUACACGACUGUGCAGCUGCUCCUACUGAUUGUGACGAGUGAUUUGUUGUGUGUGGCGAUGGCGACUGUACAGCUCUCUGUUAUUACAUAGUUAUUAUUUUAUCGACAAUCACUAAUUGCAGAUGUGCCGUAACAUAACGCCAAAGUAUAAAUACCUUUGUAUUAUAUGCCUAUGUUUU